AUGUCAAGUGAAGACGAAGACGUACUACACAAAUAUAGAAAAUAUGAUCCGCCGCCUCAAGAGUUGCCAGUCUACUCGUCCGAUGAAGACAGUAGCGGAUCAUCGAUAUUGACUGCCAACGCAGAGCCACUCACCGCCAAGGCCGAUUUGCUCAAAGUGUUGGACUACAUCAUCAUUGUUGGUAACCGUAACCGAUAUCAAAGCUUACAAGCAACUAGGGAACAGACUUCGGAGACAACUACGGGGUCAAAUGAGCUGUCAGAGAUUGAACAAACGGAUGAUUUUGAGCUUAGUGGAAUGCACGCUGAUGAUUUCCAAUUAGACCCGCAGAGAAGAAAGAAAAGUCGUUUGAGUGCAGCUUUGCUGUGGCCAUCGUAUGCCGCUUGGGAAGAAACUAACAGAACUGAUGCGCUGGAUUGCACAUGGUGUCAUCAAUACAGUGACUGUAUCGCGUUGCCAUACAAUAAGGUUCGAUCCAAAGAACCACCAGCUUUGAAAGGUUUUUUUUAUACGCGCACAGACAGAGAUUUGACAUUGCGAUGCUGGAGGAAAGCUGUUCAUGCAGCAUCAACAGUCAUGGUGCUGGAAGGGGUCAAUGGGAAUGUGAGGCUUGACCUGACCUCACCCAAUUCAGCAGAGAAAGACGCCAAGGAGACAUGCCUGAACCUAGGAAUAGCUCUUUCGAAUCUGAAACCAUAUACUUGUCCAUCUUGUUUCAAGGUCUUCCAAAGUUGCAGAGCCAGGGAAUGUCACUUCUGGGGAGAAAAUAACCACAGAGGCUGUUGUUGGAGUCUUGUGCACAAGAAAAGACAUUCUAUUCUGAAAGAAGCCACCAACAAGGAAAGCACCAUUUGCCAACACGUCUUGAUGAGGUUGAUCUUACGCUCAAUUCAUCAAAAAUGUCAUCAGUUGCCUAAAAUCCUGGAUAGGAAAUUCAUUGUUUGUCUUCUUGGAGCAGCGAGAUUGCAUCAUUUACGUCUCCGACAGACCAGUUCAAAACUUUCCCAAUAUCCAGGCUCCGCUUCAUUGGAUGAGCACAGUCCUGAUCUUCCCUAA